CAUCCCACUUUCCUCACCCAGUAUAAAUACCUUUUGCACCCCAUCUCUCUCUUCACUCCAAGGCAUUCCCUUACCAAAAUUAAGCAGAAUACUCCAUGGCUUCCAUUUCCCAUCUCAUUGUUUUCACUUCACUGCUCGCACUCUUCUCUUCACUUGUUCCUGCCAUAGCCACAGCAAGAAAGCUUGCUGCUUUAGUUAAAGAACAACCUCUUGUCCUCAAGUACCACAACGGCCCGCUUCUCAAAGGCAACAUCACAGUAAACAUCGUCUGGUAUGGCAAGUUCUCACCAGCCCAGCGCUCCAUAAUUGUUGACUUUCUCCACUCUCUUAAUUCCAUGAAGCCCCGGGCACCUUCAGUCUCAACGUGGUGGCAAACUACUGGGAGGUACAGGGGAGGUCCACGCACUGUAGUCGUGGGUACACAAGUCCUUGAAGAAAAAUACGCUCUUGGAAAGUUGCUAAAGACCCCACAGAUUAUUACCUUAGCGUCAAAAGCUGGCCACGGCAAGAAUUCAAUCAACCUUAUACUUACCUCUGCUGACGUGGCGAUCGAUGGGUUUUGCAUGAGCAGGUGUGGGACCCAUGGGUCUGGCCAGGACAAGGUGGGUAAAUUUGCCUAUGCGUGGGUCGGUAACGCCGCGACUCAGUGUCCAGGUCAAUGUGCGUGGCCUUUCCACCAGCCAAUUUACGGGCCCCAAGGUCCACCGCUGGUGGCUCCUAACGGUGACGUAGGAAUCGACGGCAUGAUCCUUAAUUUGGCCACGGUUUUAGCGGGAACAGUAACGAAUCCGUUUAAUAACGGGUAUUUCCAAGGGCCAGCCAACGCACCUCUAGAGGCUGUGAGCGCGUGCACUGGUAUUUUUGGUAAGGGGGCUUACCCGGGAUAUCCAGGGGAGGUUUUGGUGGACAAAACGACGGGAGCUAGCUAUAAUGCUUUCGCUAUCAAUGGGCGCAAAUACUUGCUCCCAGCAAUGUGGGAUCCAUCAACGUCCACCUGUAAAACCCUCGUUUGAGCAGAAUUUUGAGGAGCAAUUUUAACAAGUUUAUAUAUAUAUAUAUAUAUAUAUAUAGAGUAGAUAUGGAGUGGUUGUUAAAAGAGAAAAGUAAAUAGUUGCUUAUAGGUUUGAAGGUUCUCUUUUGCUUUGUAAUUAUGUUUGAAGAUUAUUUUAUCUCUUUAUAAAAGUUUUUUUUUUUUUGUGAUUUUA